UUUGUGCUGGGAUGUGCCGCGGGCGCCGCGCUCGCUCGCCCCGCCUGCCUCGGGGAGCCGCCGGUGCCCGCUCCUGAAGCCACUUCGCUCUUCAAGCGCUCGCUCGAGGACCCGGCCCGUCCCCGUCCACAAGCGAGCCCCAGAGGGGUUCGGUGUCCGCUCCAUCUUUUGUGUGUGUGCGUUUUUUUCUUUUUCUUCUUCUUCUUUUUUUUAACUUUGUUUUGCUCACUCGAGGCCGGGCCUCUUUGUCAAGUUUAAGAGAAGAGCCAGGAGCUACUCAGCAAUAAUUGAUUCUUGAAAAGUACUCUUUUGGGGCGAAAGCACCGAGCUGGUUUUCUGUGCGAGCCCGAUAAAUGCUGUUGAUGAAGAUGGACCUGUUGAACUACCAGUACCUGGACAAGAUGAACAACAACAUCGGCAUUCUGUGCUACGAAGGUGAAGCUGCCCUCAGGGGAGAGCCCAGGAUGCAGGCCCUCCCGGUGGCGUCUGCCCUCACCAGCCACCGCACGGGCCCCCCACCCAUCAGUCCCAGCAAGAGGAAGUUCGGCGUGGAGCCUGGAGCAGACGAGCUGGACUGCGACAGUGACCAUGCGUCCAAGAUGAGCCGCAUCUUCAGCCCCCACCUGAGCAAGACUGCCAAUGGAGAUUGUCGCAAAGACCCGCGGGAGCGGAGCCGCAGCCCCAUUGAGCGCGCUGUGGCCCCCACCAUGAGCCUGCACAGUGGCCAUCUAUACACGUCCCUCCCCAGCCUCAGCAUGGAGCAGCCCCUCGCACUGACCAAGAACAGCAUGGACGCCAGCAGGCCAGCCGGCAUCUCGCCCACGCUGACCCCAGGGGAGCGGCAGCAGAACCGGCCCUCCGUGAUCACGUGCGCCUCCGCCAGCACCCGCAACUGCAACCUCUCCCACUGCCCCAUCGCGCACAGCGGCUGCGGGCCGGCGGGGCCGGCCAGCUACCGGAGGGCGCCGAGCUCCGCCACCGCCUGCGACCCCGUGGUGGAGGAGCACUUCCGCAGGAGCUUGGGCAAGAACUACAAGGAGCCGGAGCCGGCGCCCAACUCCGUGUCCAUCACGGGCUCCGUGGACGACCACUUUGCCAAAGCCUUGGGUGACACGUGGCUUCAGAUCAAAGCGGCCAAGGACGGCGCGUCCAGCAGCCCGGAGUCCGCCUCGCGCAGGGGCCAGCCGGCCAGCCCCUCUGCCCACAUGGUCAGCCACAGUCACUCCCCCUCCGUGGCCUCGUGAAGGGCCUGGCCCCUUGAACAAGACGUGGGUCUGCAUGGUUUGCCUGAGCUUGAACAGUCAGCGCUUAAAAAACAAACAAAAAAAAUGGGGGGUGGGGGAGGGGGGAGGUUUACUUGCAAAACCAUGUUGGGGUUUUCGUUCUGUCCUGUUUCUGUACUGCUUGGUAUGCGUGCACGGCCCUCGGAUGAGACGGCGGGAACCGCGGGGCACCUGUCCAGUGUCCCGCCCUGACUUCCCGCCUCGGUUACCAAAGAAACCUCUGCUGCAGGCCUCGCCCGCGUCAGGUCCCUCGCUGUGCCCCAGCCCUGGCCGCCCUGUCGUUCGCUUUUCGAGAGUGGGGCCUGUGGGCCAGCGGCGUGCGUGAGCGUGUGCGUGUACUUGAACAGAACAGAGCUGGCUGUCUGAUUUGCACUACUGGCGGCCCGAGCGCCCGCCCGCCCGCCGGCUCAGGCGCGGGGCCGUGUGCCGAGGCAAACUGCUGAGAAACGAAGGGGGUGAGGACGACGUUGCUGGCCAUUUGUGUGGCGUUUUUGUUUUCGUUUGUUUCUGACUUAGUCUGACAGCUUGGGAAGGGGAAGUCUCAUGCAGGCUGUAGGUCUCUCUCUGGAUUUCAGGUGCUUGCAGUGGGCUGCGGACUCCACCGACCACGGGCAUUGGCCACCCCAGACUUGCGGUGCCUUAGGCUAGAGCAGAGCGGGAGGCCCCACAGCGCUUCAACGUGACGCGUGUUUCAAUGGAGAGAAAUAGCUGGUUUCUAUUAACUGUGUAGGCAGUAAACAAAGUCCUUAAUAUUAGCUUCUUUCCAGAAUUUACUUUUCUCAGUUGCAGUCCUAGCUAGAGCUACUGCUGGUCCAGUGGAUGCGAAGAUGCUUGUCCGCAGCCUCGCUCCCGCCUGCUGGGGGGCUGACGUCUGUGGUGGCGCCGCCUCCUGCCCGCUUGGGACUAGUUCCCAGGGGUGGGAGUCGGCCCUGGCCCUCGAUGCAAAACUGCUCUUUGCUGAAGGCCAGGCCCCUGACAAUCUGUGAUGCGGCGCGUUUCCCGGGGCGCCGCGCCGGGGCCAAGGCAGUGCACAUUCCCGACUCGGCGCUCGCUCGCUCGCUGGCUCGCUGCGGCCGCGAGUCGUCAGCGCUACUAACCUGAGGUAGAGGGAGGGGCCCGGCGGCGCCGGCCAGCAGCUGCUCCUCCCUGGUGGACGCCUGGCCCCAGCCUACCUGCUACAUUCCAGCCUUGUCCCCCGCGGGCCUGACAGGUCGCCGGCCAGGUGACUUGCUGUGCCCGCCUCACCUGCCGGGCAGUGUGGACUCACGGGAGCCCUCAAGGCUGGUUUCCGGGAGGAGGGAGGCUCCGGCCUGCUGGGUAACAGAAAACUGGCGUGGGGAGGCAGGGGGCUCUCCUGGGCGCGAGGGGCCCCUCGCCCCGGACCCAGCACGUCCCUCCCCUCCCUGGGCUUCCACAUUUAGGCCCGUCUCUUCUGUAGGAAAAACCGUCGAGAACACUUUUUUAUAUAGGUAACUUUAAGACCAUCAUUACGCUGUGCGUAAAGAAUGUACAGAGAAAUUUGUAGGUAUUUUUUGAAGAACAAUUAAUUUGUUAAUGAUAUGUAGCUAUUUAAUUUUUCCCUUUCCCAUUGUAAUCAUUUUUUUUUUUUGAAAAAAAAGUUGAUCUUUUUUUGUCGUAGAUUUGUCUGUAAAAGUGCAGGAACACAGUUACUCUAUGAGAACGCUGCAGCUGCCUUAAUAGCCGCUCGUUUGUUACUGCUGCAGGCUACUGAGCGCGGCCGGCAGGCUCGGGGCGG